UUGAGUGUUGACUGCCAAGUACCCCGUUUAUACUACUAUAAUAGUAUUUUAUUUAUAAAUUAUGCUUCAAACUCUACUUUUAUUUAAGUUUAAUGAUUUACUUAUUUAGUUUCCAAGUUUCAAGGUUAUAUCACUUUAUAUUAAAAUGACUAGUUUUAGAACCUUACCUACAAUUUUAUGUAAUAUACACUAUUAUAUAUUUAAAAAUCUAUCAUGAAGUAUUCGUACUUACUGAUUCGAUCGCUAACUCAAAUAUAUUUACAAAAAUAUAGCAUUUAACCCAUCCUAGACUUAUAAUAAUUAAAAAUGGCUGUUUAUUUAACGAAAAGUAUGAUGUCUAGAUUAAAUAAAGUUACAUAUCCGAGUACGAGUUCUAUCGAAGGCGAAACUAGCCAUUACAGUGAUCAAUGGGAAAAACUUACGAUGGACAGUAACAUAGGUGUCAAAUUAUCAAAGGAAAUGAUCUGUAGAGUCUGUGCAAGAAAUGGUUGUACACCAUUGAGUAGCAAAAUCAGUGAUUGUGAUAUUAUGGGAGCUAUUCGCAGUGUCACUAAUAUAACUAUAAAUGCAGAUGACUCUUUACCAAAAUAUAUAUGUACUGAAUGUCUUGAAUCAUUAAAGAUAGCAAUGAGGUUUAAAAAAAACUGUGAAGUAUCUGAUAAGAGAUUCCGGAAAAUAUUAAAUCCUAUGGGUGACCCUUUAUUACAUUCAUAUCCUUAUUCAAAACAUGAUUUUCAAUUAAUAUUGCACCAAAUGAAAUUGAAACGAAUGGAAACUGAAGAAAAGGCUGAGAAAGAAAGGAGAAGAAGAGAAAGACUGAUGCAAAAGAAAGAUCCCAAAACAAAAGAGUUUAAAUGUUCACCAUGUGAUAUGAUAUUUCCCAAUAAAGAAAAGUUAGUGGCCCACCGACGUGAGAGACAGUGCAUGAGGCGUGCUUGUGAUAUAUGCGGGCAGCUUGUGCGCAGCAUUGCACAGCAUAUGCGACACAACCAUGAGCAAAAUGUAGUGCACAAGUGCCCUACUUGUGGCAAGGAGUUCCCUAUCAUCGCAAGACUUAAGAACCAUAUGUUAGUGCACACAAACACCUUCAACUUCUUUUGUGACCUGUGUCCGUACAAGUGCAAACACAAGUACUACCUGGUGAUGCACAUGCGAACGCAUACAGGCGAGAAGCCUUAUAAGUGUGCACAAUGCCCUGCCACAUUCGUCAACCCCUCUAACCUCAACAAACACAAGCUGACACAUCAGGAGAAGCAGUUUAAGUGCAUGCUGUGCGAGAAGGCGUUCCGCACGGGCACGGCGCUGUGGGAGCACCACGACGCCAAGCACAUGAACAUCAAGCACACCUGCACCUACUGUGGGAGAGACUUCUGCUACAAAUCAGAUCUACGAAAGCACGAAAUCCGCAAUCACAAUCGUGUGAAGCGAGAUUACAUCGGCGGCGAACCGACGUACAAGCAACUUGAGAGACUUCAGAAGAUGCAGGAAGAUCAGGAUGCGCUCGAAAAAUGGCGCCAACAGCAGAUAGUGGGUACGCAGCCUCAGCAGCCCACCUUCAUCGACCAGUCGAAAGAUUUCAUACAAACAUCACAUUCUAUGUAUGUUUCUGAUGUGACACAAAUCAUACAACAGCCGACUAUUGCCCAGCAGCAGACUGUUCAGCUUGCUAUGCCAGAUUUGACGUUGAAGAAGGAUGAAGUGAAAAUGUAUGAUGCUCAAGGAAUGGCGUAUUUUUAAAGUGUUACUAAUACAAGGCGUGAAGUUUUGAAGAUUACUUGAAUUGUAUAAGUUCAAAUAAUUGACUAAUGUAAAUAGAAUAGUGUGCCAUUGCAACUUUAAAACCACGAUUUUCGUAUUAUAAAUGUUAUCGUUGGUAUGACUAUCUCGUAUUUUAUUUCUUCCGCUCAUUUUUCCAUUUAUAGGUAAAUUAUUAAUAGGGGUUGCUGACCACUGAGAAAAUGCCCUACUGAUAUCUGUCAGUUAAUCGUCAUUAACAUUGAUGUCUAAAACGUAAUUAAAUGCGAACAAUAAACGUCAUGCGCUAUGACAAUGUGACGGAAAUUAGAGUUUGAAACUUAGAACUACAAAUUUCGAAUUCUUUUUUUAAAAUUAUUGUACAAUCCUCCAAAAUUUCUAAAAUAACGCAGUAAUAAAUCUCGAACUAAACCUACAAUAAAAAAUAAGUAAAAACUAUUCAUAAAUAAUAAACGCGAGUUUGCUGACGCUACCGGUACUAACCUAACUUUAGCGCCAAUUUGUAACAUUUAUUGCAGUCGGCGUGUUGUUAUAGAUUUAAUGAUAUUUUUCUUUAGUAGGACAAAUAAUCUCUAUUUAUAUUAAGAUCGUAAAACCUUUGCCAUUUUAAAGUUACUAUGUUCAUUCGAUCACGAAUCACGAUCACAUGUCAGAAACGCAUUCUCAGCAGCUGGGCAUACCCCUAAAUCAACAUCUUACAUGAUUUACGACCACCAUGUUAUUUACUGGAUGCUAUGCUUUAAAAUUAAAAUCUAUAGAUUGUUAAUGCUAGUAAUAAGAGUACUCGCCAUUGUUUUCAAGUUUUAUUUUUUUGUUAAAUAUAUAUUGUUUAAAUAUGUUCUCAAAGUCACGUAUAAAACUAUGCUUGUCUAGGCUAGUGAAAGUAUAUAUUAAUAAGAUUUUAUAACAAAUGUCAAAGACCCUGAACGAAAAUACCUAGUAUGAACCAUCCCCCAAACAAGCCCAAACUCAAACAUGAUAUUAUGUACACUAUGCUCAGUAGAUUAUAAUUUGUAUUUGUAUUACUAUAGUUGUAUCUUUACAAUGUAUUUUGUAAGCUACGAAUGAAUUAUUUUAAUCAUAGUAUAAUAAA